AUGGCGAAAUUAGUUGAUAUAUACAACAGCGAAAAAGAACCUGUGAUAAAAAGACGGCAAUUGCCGUUAACUAUCUACGAAAACCUUACAAUGAUCAUGGAUUUAAACACAAUGGGUUUAAUUUGUGACAAUCCACAAGUAAAAGGUCGGGAGUACGAAGAAUUUAUGCGCAAAUAUAGAAUUCUAACGACGGAUGAACUAAAAGCAGCGCUCAGAGUCGAUGCUUCUGAUAUUUUUAAUGUAUUAAAUCAAAGCAUUCCUUGUGUAGGCUGUCGAAGAAGUGUGGAACGCCUUUUUUAUCAACUAUGUAAAUCAGGACAUCCCACAUUGGAUCCAUUAGUGCUGACACCUGAUGAAAUAAUGACAAUAAGAGAAGACAAAAUAAUACAUCCACAGUCCCUAGCCACUUUACUAAAUGGUCACAGUUCGGGCAUAGAAUGUCUUAUUCUCAGUCAGCCUCGGUGGAAGAAAUCCCAACGAUGUACAUUACAUUCGUUAGAGGCUGGCACAGCUCGAGGCUGGGGUGGGCAAGCGACGAGUGCGAGCACUGGCGCCGCGGGUGGGGCCAGUGCGCCGUGUGGCUGGGGCUGGGCGGCGUGGGGCUGGGGCGGCCGGGCGGCCUGGCGCGCUGCCUGGGACGCCAUGCGAGCCUCCGCCCGCGACCACGUCACCCUCGUACACUUCAACACGUUGCACGACACUCUCCAUAACUACUUAAGAAAACAUCGUUUCUGUGCUGAUUGUAAAACUAAGGUAUUGCGAGCUUAUCAGCUGUUAGUGGAAGAGAAGGAACCACAAAAAGAGAAGGGAUAUGUUGGCGCGCUAUAUGGUGGUAUCAAGCGAUGCCUUUUAGACAAGCACCUGCACCUGCAAGCUAAGACUGACUACAUCGCGCACCUUAUAGCUAGAGCGGAGCCUGAACUUCUUGGAAACCACAGAGAGAGACAUGCUAAGACAUUGGAAAUUGCACAAGAGGAGGUACUUAUCUGUCUCGGCAUAUGUAUUUAUGAGCGACUGCAACGCAUCUCUCUAAGGCUACGGGAAGAAGAAGGCACCUGUCAAACACUCGCGCAGUUGCGGUCGAGGCACUUUAUCGCAAGUUUGAAACUGCUGUGGAACAUAAAACCGGCGUCUCAAAAUUGCAACUUCUAUAUGAUGAAAUUACUCAGGAGGAACAGACCAGGCAACAGAGAAAGGAACAGAAGAAACUCAAACGGCGCAAGAAGAAGGAACGACAGGCUGUUGAGAGCAAAUGCAAAGAGGCUGAUUCAGAAGAACCAGAUGAAAAGUGCCAAUGCGAGGAAUGUUUAUUAGAGGAACGAGACACGCCGACGGAUCUGCUUUCACCACGCGACUUCAUUAAUCACCAGUGUUACGAAGCCAGUGGUGACGGGUGUCAGUCGUGUCACGAUGAUACUACAAAACGUCGCUCACCCAAAAAAACGGGCAAGAAACGGACCAAAAAUGGGAACCUCUCGCCGAACGAGCAUUCUCAAGACUGUGGCUACUCAUCUGGAAACAAUGGAGGUUGCUGCGAAACUAUGUCUGGGAGUUCCUCUCUCAUGAGUUCACCCGAAGGUUCAGAAGUGGCGUGUUCCGAAGGGUUCUGUAAUCAUGAGAGAGGCGACUGUUUAGAUUUGGCUAAGAAUGAUAAGACUUUGUGCUCAGGUUUCACACUUUCUCUACAGGAAAUGUUAAUGGACACAUGUUCAUCAGACGAAGAACAGGAUACAAGUUAUAUUCCUAUAGAAGAGGUAAUGGAAUUUAAAUCACGUAGAAAUAUAACGGAAAAAAGACAGGAGUUACGACAGAACCUCCGCCAAAAAUUCGCUCAGCUAUGUGUGAACACGCCGCAGACACAGCCGCUAAAACAAGACAAGCAGCCCGCUUAG